AUGUCAAGUCAUCAGAGUGAUUUUGUAAAUGCUGAUGUACUGGAUCCAGAUGACCCAGAAACGUCUGUAACUGAAAACCGAGACGUAGACAAAAAUGAGCACAGCACACGUUCUAGUCGUACGACUCGUACGAUACCCAUUGUAUUGGAUGGCAAAUUCUUCAAGAUUAUUAAACAGAAAGACGAAAACGUGCAAGCAGAAUGUACGCAGUGCAAACGCACGAUCAAGGGUCGAUUUGGUGCGACGACGAAUUUUUUAAACCAUCUCAAGGUGAAAGGUCAUUCCAUAGAGGAAUAUUUGAAGUACAAAAGUACACAGGAAAAGAACCCAUUGAAGAGGCUCAGAGAUGAUAAUAAUACUAUGAAUACUCAAGUAUCAAAAAAACCAAAACAGAAUAUACUACCCAACGCCUUCUCACGUAAUAGUCAAAACACAGCGGACGAACUAAUCACAUCAUUUGUUGUUGAGACGAUGUCUCCAAUGUCUAUUGUAGAACACGAAGCAUUCAAAAAACUCAUAUCUGGCAUCCAUAAGCUGCAAAAUCCUAUCUCGGUAAUGACAAGGAAAACACUCCAUACGAAAAUUGACAGGAUGAAUACCGAUAUCAUGAAAAUUCUGUUAUCGACGUUAGAGUCGAUUGAGUACGUAUGUACUACAGCCGACAUUUGGUCAUCAUCAAAGCGCAGUUUUCUUGGGGUCACUGUACACUGGAUAGAUGACACUUUCGAAAGACAGAGCGCCGCCUUAGCCUGCCGCAGAUUCAAGGGUACUCAUUCCUACGACAAAAUCGCAGAAUUACUCCACGAUAUACAUAGUGAAUUUAAACUUGAUUCAAAAAAAAUUGUUAAAACUACAACUGACAAUGCGUCAAACAUGGUAAAAGCUUUCAACAUGUACAGUCAGCAUGAAAACUCAAACAAUCUUGAGGAAGACGAUAAUGAUGACGAAGACGAAAACGAAAUCCUGUUCACUGGAAUUGGUCAAGAUAAUUUUACCAACGACAGUAACGACCUAGUACUACCAGAACAUCAACGAUGUGCAAGUCACACUCUUAACCUGAUCGCUGCUGUAGAUAUCAAAGCAGCGUUAAAACCAUCCUCUGGUAGUUCCGUUUAUAAUAGAGUUCAUCACUCUGCGUUUGGAAAAUGUUCUUCUCUAUGGACUCUCACAUCAAGAUCUCCGAAAGCAGCAGAGACGUACAAAGAUAUAACUAAAAAAUCCCCCAGUUCGCCGUGUCCAACUCGAUGGAAUUCGACAUACGAUUGUCUCUGCGAUUUAAUGAAAGUUAAGGAUUUCCUUGGAGAAGUAUGCCAUGCAUUGGAACGUCCAAAAUUCAAAGAGACUGACUUUGAAUUCAUGGCGGAAUAUAUUGAGUGUAUGCAACCCAUCGCCCAAGCCUUGGAUAGACUGCAAGGGCAAAAGAAUUGUUUUUAUGGCGAACUAUUACCGAUCUUACUGCAAGUACGAAAAGCCCUUUUGAAGUUGCAGCUGCGUCAUUUGAAGUACUGUUCACGUUUAGUGGAAGUCCUUCUAGGAAGUUUGGAGACGAGAUUCCACGAUUUUUAUUCGUUUUCGUCCCAAACCAAUGAUGCAAUACUAGCAUCUGUGAGCCAUCCUUUCUUUAAACUUCGAUGGGUGCCAAAAGAGAAAAGAAACGAUGUAAAAGAUCUCCUUUUGAACGAAGUCGAAUCUUUGUACAGCAGGAAUGAUUCCAAAAAGGUCAAUGACAAGAAUGACACGACCGGAUACAGUGACAGCAGUCAAAGUUUCUUUUUGUUUGAAGAAGGAACGUCCUCAGAUGAAAGUAGUUUGAAUGUUUCCACCAAAAACAGUGUCCAACUACAAUGUUUGCAAUACAUACAAAACGGUGACACGUCGUUGGAUUCUUUGAAUCACUAUCCAGCAAUAAAAGCCCUGUUUUUCAAAUACAAUACGGCACUACCCUCGUCCGCACCAGUCGAGCGCUUGUUCUCGUAUGGUGGCAUGGUGAUGAGGCCGAGUAGGCGAAGCAUGGACGAUGCUACGUUUGAGUCACAAUUACUUGUGAAGGCAAAUAUGUCAUUAAAAAAAAGAAAGUGA